GCCAGAGCACCUCCUGCUAAACUCUUAAAGGGCCAGUGCACCUUGUGCUAAGCAAUUAAAGGGCCAGCACACCUCGUGCUGAGCUCUUAAAGGGCCAUCAUGCCUCGGGCUCCCUGUGUUGGGGUGAGACGGAAGGGUUCCCACCACAGCAGCCGGGCUCUCGGCUUCCCACUAAGGGCCAGGCCUGGGCGAGGCUGGGUGGGCAGGAGGAGCCGACUGGGGACAAGGCCCCAAGUUUGGGGCACAGCCAGCCUGGGGUGCUGCUGUGAUGAGUUCAGGGCUCAUCCCCUUCCCAAGGCGUUGCCCAGGACUUGCUGGGAUGCUCCUGUCUGCACCCAGCUCUGCACCCAUUGACCCUGUUGCUACGGUCGUGUAAAAGGGGGUCCUGCUGCCACAUCCACGGAUGGACUGAACCUGAGACUCAAACGCUGUCUCAUUUGAGCACAAGGUCCUAGUGUGAGGGAGGCUGCCGGGCGUGUGGUGAUGAAGGACUCAUCCUCAGAAACCUCCCUGCAUGUCCUUAAUAUUCUUCCCCCCCCAUUGAAAUUUCCAUUUGGAAAUCAGUCACAGGUCUGAUUCACUUGGGAGCAAAUCGCCCCUUGGGAACGUCAAGGUGGUAAACAUGCAAUUAAUUAAAUGUGGUAGUUGGAAGGUGGCUGUGAGAAAGCACUUCCCAGAUACUGCUCUGCCCACGGUGCCAGUUUGUUUUUUAAAUUAAUGAGAGCAUAUAUCAUGCUGUCUCUGGCCUAUGUCCGCUGGCAGCCAGGCGGGCUGAUGGACGGGGAUGCCAGCUCCAUGCAUAAUCUGUUUUCUAAAAGCAAAUUGGAAUAUUAAAAAUUCAUUCUUCCCCAUGGCUCACGCCUGCUCUUGGCAUUUUAAAUAAUGGGGUGAUUGACUCCGUGUUCAACUGGGGGAGGAUGUUUCAUUCUGCUGCCUGUCGGUGCAGCAUCGCUUAUACCUGGCUGGUGUCUGUCCGCGGGUGCAGUGUGUCACCUCCUCCUGACGGCUCCCACCCCCGGGGGGCAGUCACGGCCCCUGGCUGCCGGGGGUUGUCCCCAGGCCAGCACAGCGUUGCAUGCAAACCUCGACCCCGGCAGGGAUCAGCCCAAUUCUCUCUUAGUCAUCACACCUAGGGACAAACGUGAGAAGCGGGGGGGGAAAGCCUAGUGGAGGUUUCACAUUCAACUUGCUUGGAGGUGGUUGUCUCAAGGCGGGCGAGGGCUGCCUGGGGGUGGCUGUGCUGUCCCUGCACAGCCCCAGCUCUCUGCUGAGGGCUUCAUUUUGUGGGGUGGCGGAAUUCAGUUUAGGCACAGCUGUGUGAUGGGUAACCCCAACCUACACCUGCACCUUGGCAGCUCAGUGAGAGCAGGCACGAGCAGUGUCUUCAGAGGGAGGCUCAGGAGCUGGUCUUCCAGGGCUGGUUGGUUCAGGGUUGGAUUUAAGGUCUUUGGGGCUGUGGGAUGUGUUGCCGCUGGGCAAGGGUGGUCUCCCCCAUGACCCUAAUGUAACCUGUUCCCUCCAGGGGCUGACGCACGAUGGCCCACAGCCAGUCUCGGAAGCGCUCGCGAAGCAGGAGCAAAAGCAAUUCUCGGAGCAGACAGGGGAGGAAGGAGAAGAAAAGGAGGAAAAGCAGCAAGGACUCACGCCAGGGCAGCAGCUCUCCUCCAAGGAAGCAAACCUCUAGGUCUCACAAACACAAGUCGAGCUCAGCAGCAGGUAGGGAAGAAAAGAAGAAGGAAGGAAAGGACAAAAAGAAAAGGCAGGCAAGUACCUCUUCCUCUGAGACAGCAUCUUCAUCCACCAGCUCCUCCUCAUCUUCCUCCAGCACCUCUUCUGAUGACUCCAGUGACAGUGACUCCAAAACAAAGAAGAGUCGACACAGCAAAAAAAAGCGAGUGAAACAGAAGGAUAAAAAGAAGAAGAAGAGGAGAAUAAAGAAGAAAUCAAAAAAGAAGUCAAAGGAAAGGGCUAAGGAGGAGAAAGCCAAGGAAGACAUGGUGCCUGGUCCCUCGCUGGAGCAGUGGCAGAAGGAGUCACUGGUGGACUCCGGACCAGUUUUGACAGAUGAACAAAAAUCCCGAAUCCAGGCUAUGAAGCCAAUGACAAAGGAAGAAUGGGAUGCGAGGCAGAGUGUCAUAAGGAGAGUCGUGGAUCCCGAAACGGGGAGAACCAGGCUUAUUAAGGGAGAUGGAGAAGUACUAGAAGAAAUCGUCAGCAAGGAGAGACACAAGGAGAUUAACAAGCAAGCCACGCGGGGGGACGGGCUGGCCUUCCAGGUGAGGACGGGGAUGCUGCAGUGAGCACGCAAGCGCCAGCCGUGCCAGGAGCUUGUCCUGCUGCUGGUGCCAGCCCAGGUGUGAGCCUCUGUCUCUGGACAAUGCAGACAGCACCAUGUCAGGAUGCUUCACCAGGGGCAGUUUCCAACCACUCUGUAAGUUAUUGACUGGGAAGGAGAGAUACCUUAAUUGUUCAUCUCCCAUUAAACAGCUUCUCCCCUCCCUCUCCUGACUGGGGCCAGUGUGGCUGUAAUGCACUUGGACCUGCUUGCCCCGAUGCCCCUUUUGAGGCUGGAAGAGCGCAGCAGCACCCAGCGGACAGGCUCACUGGUGCUGAGCACCUAGAGGUGCUGCUACCCCUCAGCUCUGGGUUUGGUGGGCAGGAGCCAACACCAUGGCAAGGACAGGGUAUAUGCUGGGGCUGCAAAAUACACAGCUGGCUGCCACUUAUUCCCUUCACGGGCUGCUCUUGGCCCCUUCCUUGCUGGCUCUGCAUGCCCUGUGCUUACCUGGUGCUGCAAGCUCAUCGGCCCCCUCGCACUCACAGACCCUGCUCCAAGAGGAGCAGCUGUGCUGUUGCAUGGCUCUUCUCAGGCUGCAGCUCUCCUGCGCCUUCAGGUACCACUCUCCAUGGUGCCCCAGGGGCUUUACUCGGCCUUUCUUCAGCUUCAUUGCAUCGGGUGGCGCAGGCCCGGUGUGCCGCACCGGGGUGCGGCCAGGUGUGGUUUGCAGGGGCUGGCUUUGCCUUGCUGUCUGUUCCUGCAUGCCACUUGUGUCCCUUCCCCGCAGCGCAGGCCCCAGGGAGCGUUAGGGUUCUGGGCUUCUUGGGAUCCAUGCCCAUAGCUGCUGUGAAGCAAGCAGCUGGCCCUUCCCCCUACUACAAAGGCCAUAAAUCUAUAAGCCAUUAAAAGAAAACGAUAAAAUAAGGACAAACGGGUUAAAGGCCAAUCGGUCCGGCAGGACUGAUCUGCAGAGAGGGUUUCCACAUUCUGUUUGUUGCUGUAACCCCAUUAAACUGGCGCCUGUUCAA